AGAAAGUUCACUUUCACUAUGUACCUGCACUGCCUUAUGUUUUCUCUUGCAUUUGGUUGGGUGAGCGCCACUGGUAACUGCAGUUAUAAGAGACUUAUGGAACAUCUUGGCUUGAACGAUGAUAAAAUUCAGAAGUCCAUAAGACCCGUGUAUGACUCGAGCACCCCUACCAAUUUUUAUGUGGACCUGUUUGUGACCUCCAUCUCAGAUGUGAAUGAAAAAGCGCAAAGCAUUUCAACACAGGUCAUAUAUGAAGCUGGUUGGAUCAGUGAAUUCAUAAAGUGGAACGAAAAUGAGUUUUGCGAGACCUCUAAGAUUUCAUUAGAAAAAGAUAAGAUUUGGAUUCCAGAUAUUGUCAUCGCUGAAAGCAUCAAGACAGAGUUUGCAACUAUGGAAAAUCCAUACGUGAAGACGUAUUCUUCAGGUUUUGUGUACAUGUAUGAAACUCUAACUCUGACCAGCGCUUGUAAGAUGGACUUGAUCAAUUUUCCCUUUGAUGUCCAAACCUGCACUCUGACCAUUCACUCUCCAAUGCAUCCAAGUGAUGAGCUUACACUCGAUACGUUUUCUGAUUCAUCGUUCCUGACAUCCAGCUCCCAGAAGGCCUUUCAAACUCAGGGCGAAUGGGAACUGCUCAGUAUAAACACGUCUAAAUCCAAUAUGAGUUCUCUGGGAUACUACGAGGAUCAGCUGAUAUAUAAGAUCACCAUAAAAAGGAGACCUCUACUGUACAUCAUCACCUUCAUAUCACCUGUGUUUUGCUUUCUUGUGUUGGACGUGGCCUCCUUCUUCAUCGAUGCGGGCGGAGGAGAGAAGCUGAGCUUUAAGGUCACUUUGCUGCUGUCCAUUUCUGUGUUGCUGCUCAUUCUUAAUGACAAGCUGCCAUCUACCGCCAAUGAAGUCCCAUGGAUUGGGGUCUAUUGCAGUUUGAUUUUCAUUCUCAUUGGCAUCAGCAUUCUGGAGGCCAUCCUUGUGAAUUUUUUAAUGGCUAAAGGAGAGCAGAUUCAGAGUUCAGAAGCACCCCUAGAUUCCACAUCUGCUGUCACUGAUUCUGUAAAAGACUUUAACUGCACAUCAGAUCCAGCAUCAGACAGGAAUGACAACCAGUCCCAUGUCCACAAGAACUCUUACACUGCAGGAGAUGAAAACCGAGCGGAGAGAAGAUGCCUGUACUGGACCAGAGCAGCCCGGAUAGUCGAUGUUAUUGCCAUGAUUCUUUACAUUAUCACCAUUUUGGUGUUUCUAGCCAUCAUUUAUAAUGCUUGGUUCAUGGCAUCAGUGACAUCAAAAGUGUGACAUCAUUCCUAAGAUGCACAAGGAAUAACUUUUUUGCAUGGUUCAUAAUGAGCAUUUAAAAAAUAUGGUCAGCAUGUUUUUUCUUUUUCGCUUAUACACAUGCUCUGUUAGACUUAACAAUGAACUGUGACAUUAUAUGUAAGCAAAC